AUGACUAUCUUGUUCAUUUCUCAUGUUGUUAGUGAUCGUCUAACAAGUUACGACAUCAAAAGAACAGUUCCAACCGGUCCAAACCCAGAACAAUCUCCUGAUCCAGUUCCACCCAUGGCAAGGUUAGUUGAUUACAAUUUUAUUCAUGUUAUAAAAAGGCAAGUUCCUACAGGUCCAAACCAAGAACAAUCACCGGAUCCAGUUCCUCCUGUGGCAAGGUCAAAUGAUUACAAUUUUAUUCAUGUUAUAAAAAGGCAAGUUCCUACAGGUCCAAACGCAGAACAAUCACCUGAUCCAGUUCCUCCUGUGGCAAGGUCAAAUGAUUACAAUUUUAUUCAUGCUAUAAAAAGGCAAGUUCCUACAGGUCCAAACCAAGAACAAUCACCUGAUCCAGUUCCUCCUAUGGCAAGGUCAAAUGAUUACAAUUUUAUUCAUGUUAUAAAAAGGCAAGUACCUACAGGUCCAAACGCAGAACAAUCACCUGAUCCAGUUCCUCCCGUGGCAAGGUCUAAUGAUUACAAUUUUAUUCAUGCUAUAAAAAGGCAGGUACCUACAGGUCCAAACGCGGAACAAUCACCUGAUCCAGUUCCUCCUGUGGCAAGGUCUAAUGAUUACAAUUUUAUUCAUGCUAUAAAAAGGCAGGUACCUACAGGUCCAAACUCCCAACAAUCACCUGAUCCGGUUCCUCCCAUGGCAAGGUCAAAUGAUUACAAUUUUAUUCAUGGUAUAAAAAGACAAGUUCCUACAGGUCCAAAUCCAGAACAAUCACCUGACCCGGUUCCUCCGGUAGAGGCUUAG